AUGCCUCAAUUCUACAAUCCGCCCUCUAGCCUGGUCGACAUCAGCAUUUACACACCGAUCAGAGCGGCCGUGGCGGCCAACACUGCAACCUCCGGAUGUACGGGAAAUGACAGACCCCAACGUUACCCAUCGAAUCGUACAACAUGUAAGGCCGACAUAGUGUAUAAUAGGACUGACGAAGCGUUGCAAAAGGAGCUAGAGGCCGAGUCAUGUCUAUUUGGGAAUUCCUGUGGGGCCAACGAGAGAGCUGUACAGGACAAGUUCUUCGGCAUCGGUGGGACAAAACACUUUCUCACCUUGGACAAGACAGGAUGCUUUAUGAAUGAAUCUUUCUGUACCCCAGAGCUUGUUUCUCGGUACAACCCGAUUAAAAAAUGGAUGAGGAGCAAUGCGUGCAGAACUGGGCUAUCACUGUAUGACCCUGCUUACGACCCUGACGAAGACUGCUGUGGCUGGUGUACGCUAGAAGGAGGGAAAGUAGAUGUCUUUUACUGGCCGGAUCCUGAAGCGGACACGUCUUGCUUGAGCAUUAUUGGUGAUAACUUGCCUAUUGAUUACGGAGCAACGACAGGUAAAUCAGGCGCAGUGUACUGGGGCUGUACCUCUCUGAUUAAUGACGACCCUUGGAGUGAGAGAAACGGACAAUAUGAGACCGCUACGACUGCCAGACUAUGGUCGACCGAUUCGCUGCUCGGUGUUGGGUUUUCCACCAAGAAAUACGAACUCGAUCCCUAUGCGGACUCGAAGUCGUUCUCGCUGUGGUGUGGAGAUGACACGAGAAUGCCCGCGUAUAAUCCUGUCACUUCGAAAAAGCAGAGAUGGAUUCCAUCACCAGGAGACCCGUAUCGCCCUUUGAUUGGGUUACCGAAGCAUCUUGCAGGUCUCAAUGAUUGGUUCGCGGGAUGUGACAAAGGCCUAUUUCAAGCUUUUGAUCCGCCUCGCAGUCUCGAGCCUGCACCUACUAUGGCAGCUAACGAUCCUGGUCAGAAUGACAAGGCUCCUGCACCCGCAAAAAUGGUUGCGCCGGACUUACCAGAGCAGACAAAAGCGAAAGAACAAGCACAGGUAAUGGUGCCAGAAUCGGUCAAUAUCGCGAAGCAUACUCCAACACCAGCAGCUGUAGAUACUCAAAAGAAGGCUGAGAACCCUCCAGCUACUCAGCAACCUAGCCUCGAACAAAAGACGGGAGAUGACCCAAAAGCAGGCGGGCAAGAUCCCAAUGGGAAAGACGGAAGUGCAAAAUCCAACGGCGCUAACAACGCAAAAGCACCAUCAGAUGCCCCAAACAAGCAAAAUGGUGGCACACCUAGCAAGCCGUCUGGUGGGGGGGAUCAAGACCCCUCAGCUCUUGCCAAUGAUCCACUCGACCCAGCUGAGCAGAACAAACCGAAAGAUGCAGGUCCAGAGAGCAAAGGUGCAAAUACAGCUUCGUCAGAGCAUCCACAGCAAUAUUCGUCAGCGGGGUCACAGACAGGCAACGAUGUCAAGAACGACAUAUUACCAGAUCCAGCACCAUCUUCAUCAGGGUAUACGCAAGACUCAAACAAGCAAUCGCCGCCUAUAAGCCCAAAUUCGGACAAACCCGCCGGUGAUGGUGUCUCCUCAAACCCAGCGGAUGUAGCAGGUCAAGGCUCGUCGUAUUAUGGAAAUCAGGAGCCAAACGCUCAAGAAAAGGACCCACAGAGUCAAAAACAUGGUGGAGAUAAUCAAGAACCUCAAAAAGCAUCAGGAUCUGCUGCCCAAGAUUCACCGGCCAUUGACCCUGACAAUGCCUCCUCAGAACAAAUGGCUCAGAUCCACGAUGCUCUUGCAGCAAGCUCAUCAAGUCCACCAACCUCUCCACCAAAGAAGGCAACCCAGGAACAGACAGACGGGAGUGAGCAGCAGCAUCAAAAUAUUCAAGCAGAGAGUAAUGGCCCUGUAGGGCUAGGGCCAAAUAGUAAGGUCCAGCAAGACAAUCCGCAAAACAGUCAACAAUCAGUGCCUGGCCUGGAUGCACCUACAACAGAUAACGAGCCCACCACAAACUCAGCUCAGAAUGCUCGACCUUUCCAGAUUGGCCAGCAGGGAGAUAACAAAGACUCUUCCCCAGCUGGAUCAGGAGGCUCUGUAAGUUCAGCAAAUCAGAUAAGUCAAGACCAACAACAAGCGAAGGAUGAUAGUCAAUCCUCAAUGGAACCCCAAGAGCCACAAUCAGGUAGCAAUCAACCAGCGAAGCCAACGCAGAAGGACCAAACCAUGCAAGAUAAUAAUUUCCAUGGAGAGGACACUCAUUCUCCUCCCGUCGGCUUAGGGGAUCCUGUAAAUCCAAAUGAUCAGACAAACAAAAAUCAACAAUCGCCGCAAGGCAACAAGCAAUCGUCAAGCGACUUCCAGGAGCCACAAGCGGGGAGCAACUCUCCUAAUGAUGUCUCGCAGAAUGAUGUAAAUUCUCAACAUAAAUCGCCCGCAGGAGAUGGACAACCUCAGUCAUCCACCGCAAAAGGGCAACAAAGUGACCCACUUCUUAAUGGAGAGCCUGAUGAAGGAACAUCCGGUUCAAACACCGGUCCUUCGGAAGACGAUCCUUCGCAAUUGAAUUAUCCCAAGCAGCCUCACAACACUCCAGCUACGGCUUCCCAAGCCUUUGCCUUCAUACCCUUUGGUGCAACAACAACCAUCGCUUCACAUCCCAUGAUCCCACUACCGAACCGUCAAGGGAUUUCUAUUGCGGGUAUGACUCUUUCGCCCCAGGCUCCUGUUAUCACUAUUUCGGGUACAGAGAUAUCUGUGGGGAGAUCAGCCAUCGUGAUCGGUGGAAGUAGCGUGCAGUAUGCGGCUGCUCCAGAUAGAGUUGCGAAGACUACUGAGACUACAGGUGCAAGUGCUAGCGCUGGCGCUGGUGAAAGUGCUGAACCAAUGAGUGACGCGGGGCUGAUUGUAGGAACCAGUCAAUUUGUAGGUGGUCUGGUCAUGGGUGGACUUCAAGGCCCAACACCUACUGCGUCCACUCGAUGGUCGAAAUUUGCAAACCAUUCAUCGAGCGCUUUAUCAUCCGCGGGUUUACCAAUUACUUCGAGCAAUGCCUCGAUCACUAUGACAGAUACUGGAACCACAUCAACGGUGGAAAAUAAACCAAGUGUGUUCACAACGGCGCCAUUCAAAUCGGCAGGAUGCUCUCGAGAAGUAAUGGAGUGUUCUCUGCGGAAGCUGAGACUGGUGAUUGGCACCCUAGCAUUAUCAUUUGUAAUACUGUGA